UUGUUCGCAGUUGGACGCGCACGCAGCACCAAUAGGAAUAUUAUUACACCAUACUGUAGUUACAAGUUCUUAGUUAGAAUACUAGAAGUGUUUGUCGUACUGUUAGUAGAAACGAAAGGUUCUAAUAAGAAGAAAUUAAUACGGUUCUAGCGCCAAACAGUAGCGAAAAUAAUAUUCUCCGCGGGCGGGCGUGGUGUUAAAACUGUUUUUUUUUUAAGAAGAUUUGUGUACGAAAAAGUUACUGUUCACACGGAGUGCAAGUUGGUCCUAGGUGAAAAAGGAUCUGCCUCUCCCUGGUCAGGAUUGUGUGCUUUUCCCGUGUCAGUUUCUGACAGUGACAGGGAAAUCAACAGACAAUCGGAGCUCCCAAGUGUUUCUGUGUGCGUUCGUUUGUCUGUGAAAGGGUUUUGUGAAUGUGAAAGGCCCUCUGGCGGUGCUGCUGCAACCAGAAAUAAUUCAGCAAAGAGCACCACACUGAAGAAGAGGAAACGCAACAGCAGCAGCAGCUAGAAGAAGAAAGCAAGAGCGAGACACGACGAAGUCUACAUCCGGUCUGCUCGAACGAACGGACGGACGGACGGAUCUGUAUCGAACGAGUGAUAUUGUUUUCGGGAAUUGGCGAAAAUUUAUCAUCCAGUCCUGCACGGGUUUUUUUUUUUAUCAGUGUUCAUCCCCGGAGCUGUGAAACAAACAAGAUAAGAUAUUCCUCUAUUCCGGAGUGGUGUGUAGUGCACUUUCGAGAUAAAGGUGUGAAUUUUGCAGUCACACAAAACAGCAACAGUCUGCUCCCACUGGGGUCUUUAAGUGUGUGCGUGUUUGCACAAAUACCCGCAUAGAAGAGCUUAGAAAAAAAGUCAUAAAAUAAUAUACAUACACGCGACAGCCGCAGCAGGCCAGGUUCCUCCAACAAAAAGCAAAGAGACUGCUGCGAAAGAAACGGGCCGGAGAAAAAGAAACGAUCACAGGCGCGGGCUUGUGUGAGUGUUGCAAGGGGAAAAAAGCACCAACAGCAACAGCAGAAGACAAGAGAGAAGGCAAGGCAGGAUUGUUUUCGAUUUUGACGAAAAGCAGCAAAAGAAAAAAAAAGAUCGCGAUCAAAAUCUGCAAUUUGCAAACAUUUGCGCGCAGCUCCCGAAAAAGGUUCCGAAUUUGUUUCAGUGUACGGCAUUGCCCGUAUGUCCAAUGUUUCCCCUCCUGAGGCAGAGUCACGGUAAAGUGUACGACAACGACGGCGACGACGACCAGUGUGUUUACAUUGAAGCUUGCCUUGGAAAUUAACAUAAGAGUCGCUAUCUAUCGCAGAAGUCAGAGUUGUGUGUAGAAUUAUCGAAAAAUAUACAUCCCUACCGAGUAGCAGCCGUGUAAAGUUAGAGGUCAUAGGCGAGUUUUUUUUUCUGUUGAAACCAAGUGCCAAUAUCUAGAACUAGAUUUUAGAGGAAAAUACCAAACGGCGCCAAAGUGAUUUGUUGAAUCAGUGUGUGCAGUGUGUGUGUAACAAAUAGCUAAUUAGUGUGUAAAUAAAUCGGAAAAAAAAGAGUAGUAGACGCAGAUAUGUUACUACCGGAAGGUUUUCGACACGUCGGAGAUGGCCGGCUGGACGUGGACGAGUGCCGACUGCAGCAGCUGCGGGUCCAGCAGGACUUGGCCGAGAUCUACGACAUCGAGGAGAGCUGGUUUGCAAAAGGAAAGUACGGUAUCGUUCGGCGAGCGGUAGACAAGAAAACCGGCGUCAACUAUGCUGCCAAGUUCCUGCGCCGGCGGCGUCGUGGCCAGUGCUGCGCCAAGGAGAUCAACCACGAGAUAGCGGUGCUGAUGCUGUGCGCCAACUCGCACCACAUUGUGCGGCUUCACGCCGUGCACGAAACCCGCCAGGAGACAGCCCUCAUUCUGGAACUCGCUACCGGUGGCGAAUUGCAGACCCUGAUCGACAGCAAAGGACAGCUUUCGGAAGCGAAAACUCGAACCUGUAUGCGCGAGAUUCUGCGCGCUCUGAACCACAUGCACAAACAGUCCAUCGCCCAUCUGGACUUGAAACCGCAGAACAUCCUGCUUAGCGGCGAGGAUGUUGAAGAUGGUCUCAAAUUGUGCGACUUCGGUAUCGCGCGUAUCGUCGAGGAUACGGGCAAGAUAUACGAGAUCCUGGGUACACCGGACUACGUGGCACCGGAGGUGCUCCACUACGAGCCCCUGUCGCUGCAGACGGACAUCUGGUCGAUCGGGGUGCUCACCUACGUUCUGCUGACCGGCUGUUCGCCCUUCGGCGGCGACAACAAGCAGGAAACGUUCCUCAAUAUUACCAAAUGCUUGCUCACCUUCCCGGAGGACCUGUUCGAGGACGUGUCGGAGGAUGCGAUCGAUUUUAUCAAGAGUGCGCUUCGAAUCAAGCCAAGGGAGCGCCCCACGGUUGAGGACUGCCUCGAGCAUCGGUGGCUCAAGGAGGAAAGCGUGCGCCGGACCAGCGAAGCGUUGGCCGCCUCUGUCACAGCACAAAUCGAGUCGGAAUUCUGCCCCGCUGUGAACGGCCACGUUCACAAACAAACCAUCGAAAUCGUGCUUACCAAUGGCCAUAGUAAUGGGUACAAAUCCUCCGACGAGAAACCGCAGGAACCAUCAUCCCCGGUCGCCACCGCCGUCGAUGAAGACGACGCGGAAACCAACAAAGAGAACGUUCUAGUACAAAGUCCCACCACCGGGUCCACCGCUCAGCAGCAACAACAACCCCAGCUGACCAGUGUGGUGGAAAUCGUGACCGUUUCGCUCUUCCCGGACGCACCAACUACGCCGAAGGUCAGCCGCAAAGCGCCACCAUCCGAGCAGCACCAGAACCACAAUCACCACCACAAUCACAAUCACCACCAUCACAGUCAUCACAACACCAACAACAAUAACAACAACAACAACAACGUGGUAGUAAGACACUCUACGACGGCUACAUCGGUGACCGCCCCAUCGGUCAAGGCUUACGUACAAAAGUUCCAGCAGCACCAGCACUGCGACUCGACUGCAGCGGUGAUGCUCCCGAUGGAGAACGGGUUCUGUUCCGCGGCCGCUGCCACCCUGUGCUGUCUCAAGUGCAGCGAAGAAUCGACGACGGCCGGAGCGACCGCCGCCGGGUUGGCCGUGGCCGUUGCAACCGUUGCCAGCCGGAAGACGCUGCAGCCGUGCGGGGACAAGGGCAUCAUUUGCUGAGAACCGCUCGGCAGCACCGGGCGGCCCCUGGUGCGGAGGUAGUACUAGCUAGUAGUAUGCAGCAGUGUAGUCAGAACGGGGAAGAAAGACCGCUUGAAGCGCGUCGGUCGGAGGAUGUACUUAUAAGGUGGUCACCGUCAGACUUCUCGGUUGUCGAGAAGUGGAGGAAAGAAUACAAAUACUAAGCGGAAGCGGAAGUUGAUUAGCCGUUGCCAGUCGUAUACAGUAGGAAUCGUACAACAACCGGCGGUCGGAAUUAUUGCUUUAGCGAGUUAAGCAAGGUUAAGAUGGAGUUGUAAUUUGUUUGAUAAGUUUUCUUCUUUUUCUGUCCUGUUCUCGGAAUUUCUACUCAGUGGAAGAAACUGUUCUUCAUUUUUGUUUUUGAUAGUUUUGAAUUGGUACUUUGGUUCUUUUUUUUUCCUAUGAAUAAAUGGGAGCAAUUGGAUGAUCUUUGUUCUAAUUAGCGGCAAAUUGCUCUAGAGACGUAUUUGGAACUAGGGAGCUCAUCGUUGGUGCAAUGCAGUUGAGGAUUUCGGAGUUCUGGCCUAUUUGAAAAUUCUCGGAAGAUUGUGUAAUCGGUAUCAGUAUAUCGCGCUGGUGUGAUUCUAUGUGUCGCUCGCAUGACAUUGGUCAUCUGGGGAUGGAUUCCGGAACAUUCGGAAUCUGGUGCACAGUGAUCAGACCCGAAAUUGGAUAUUUCAAAAAGGGUAAACAUGUUGUAAAUGAGUAAAGCACAAAUCGCUGAUGUGAUGUAAUAUGAGGGGGUUAGAAGAAAAGGGGUGUAAGUGACUUUGAUCGAUUCUCUUCAUCGACUUUCUCUUUUGAUAGCGACAGCUUUAUAAACAGAUUUUGCGCUAUUUUUGCCACAUAGUUGGAUAAAGGAGGUUCUCAUCUAGCAUCCAAAACCUUCUAACCCCCUCAUAUGUCACAAGAUGUCAACAGAAAAUUGGUCACCUAGAACCAUGUUCUGAUACAACCGAAAUCUACAGCAAUGUGAACCGUAAAAAUUUGAAAUAGCUCAAAAACAAUCGGAAUGAUCCAUUCUCUUCGGACCAUAUUGGGGCCCAAGUUGGCUGGAAACGUUUGGUCACCGUCAAAGACAUGCGAAUCGAAUGCCUCUAUUCAUGUUGGGGUAUUGUUUUAAGUUGCAUCAAGCAUACCACACUGGCAUGGCACUGAGAUUAGAGAAUCCAAAUAAUGGUCAAACGGCCAUAUUGGCCAGACUCUGUUUUAUGAAAAUGGUGUUGGACCACUCGAGGUCAUGCUGGUUAACUGGAAAGUUCUACUGGAAGGUCAUUUUGGAGCUAUCUAAACGGUUCUGUAGACCAUGGCUUGUACAUGUCAAAAGUUUGUGAAUUGUUGACGCUUCAGAAAGGCGUUUCUCAUCUAAUGGUCCUAACUAUUCCUAAAAAUGAUGAUGAUGAUGCCUGACUUACAUUUAUGGUGAAUUGCAACUCUUUGGUUUACACAAUACAGUGGGAUCCCCUUGGUGUUACUAAAGCCAAUACCAUUUUGGCGUUUGUAAGACCAGUCAACAAUGUUGGACACUUUUAGGCAAUUUCGGUUUUUUUUAGGACAUUCAGCUUUUAAGAACACUAUUUAUGUACAUUGAAUAUCAUUUUGUCUGAUUGUUCAUGGCAUAUUGGUAAUUUCAAGAUAUUUCGAAAAUUUUGGGCGUCUCACGGCAAUUGAAUCCAACUUAUAUUUGAGUCCCGUUCACUCAAAUUCGCAAAAGCGUAGCUCAAUCAUAGAAUGAGUAAAAAAUUGACUCAUUUUACUCAAGUGUGAGUGACAUUUACUCAUCUAUGAGUGACCUACGCUGGGUCCUUGAUGAAGAAACUUCGGUGGAGGUGAACGCUCUACACUAGCGUAACAACAAUUGUUGGUGUCCAACUCAAUCAUUCGAUGAUUGAUCGACAGGGAACGGAUCAGUGAUGGGCACGCAAAUCUUCACCGCAUAUUACGGACAACAGGUGAAGGGUACAAGUUCUUCCUUCAUUAUACAAAUAACAUUAAAACACACAAGUUUUGUACGAAACACAAACUCUAACUACACUACAUUUAUUCUGAACAGACUACACCACAAAUUACAAUAAUAUUUCUCGGUCUCGCAGGACCGUCUUCGACCUUGUGCCACUUAUCAACUAAAAUACAAAAUAUCCGUUAUCUACUCUCUAACCCGAUCCCAGUAUCCCAUCGUGUAUGUGGUGAGUUUCACAAGAGAUCGAAUCGUAGACCGAAUCUCUCGCUCUCAUCGUCCACCUCAUCUCCCGUGUGCUAAUGAAAGCGAAAGUGAUCUGGAUCUACAAUCAACUGCUGGUCGAUCGAUGGCCAGUACAAUAGCCGGAGCCAUCAUCUGGUCGGCUGUUACGGUGAUAGUAUUGUGCUAGGGUGGUCCUCACAGACAUGCUCACCCACCCAGAAAUAUCCGUUUCUGAAAAUAAAGAAUCCUCUUCGAUUGGGAUGGGAUAGGGGAAAGGUAUACAAAAUUAUAAUUCGAUAUCGUGGGUCGACUCUGCAACAGGUAACAAACAAAUCUUCUCGACUGGCCGCUUCAAUACUCCUGAUCCAGUUUUGAGUGUAACUACUCUUACAACACCGUCGCUACCGGGAUGUACUUGGACAAUUCGACCCAUACGCCAACGCAUCGGUGGUUGAUUAUUAUCCUGCACGAUGACGAGCCUUCCUACUUCGAUUGCCGCAGGUGGAUUCCAUCGCCUUGAUCUACCUUGCAGCUGGCAAAGGUAUUCUCGCUUCCAUCUAUCCCAGAAGUGUUGCAACUGCUGCUGAACUGCCUGCCAAUGCUUCAGUCGAUUUGUUGGCACCGUUCGCAGAUCUUCUUCGGGAAAAGAUUGUUGAGAGGUUCCAACCAAGAAAUGAGCUGGGGUUAACGGUUCGAGAUCAUUUGGAUCGUUAGACAUCGGUGUUAGGGGUCUGGAGUUCAAGCAACCCUCUACCUGAACCAGCAGCGUGUUCAUAUCUUCCAGUGUAACUGGGUUAUAACCAAUGACCCGUAGUAUAUGGUGUUUGGCCGAUCGAACCGCUGCUUCCCACAGUCCUCCGAAGUGGGGUGCGCUGGGAGGGUUGAAGUGCCAUUCGAUCCCUUCAUCAGCGCAGAACCUAGACACCUGAUCUCGAUGUUGUCUCUCCUUCCAUAAUGUAAACAGUUCCUGCAGCUGGUUUCGGGCUCCAACGAAAUUAGUGCCGUUGUCCGAAUACAAAUCGGUACACCUUCCUCUACGUGCGAUGAAACGUCGGAGUGCUUGCAGGAACCUGUCGGUGGACAAGUCAGACACCAGUUCGAUGUGCACGG